AUGCCGACAGAUAUUAUGUCGACGUGCCGGGCGGAGCACUUCGGGCAAGGAUUUAGCAAGAAAACAUGCGGUAACGAAGUGAAAUCUGGUUUCUUAGCGUUAUUAACAGCCGGUGGCUUAACGCAGGAUGUCAGAGUGGUCGUGUAUAGAACAUCUCUUGAACAUUUCGCUGUUAUUUAUCCAAGGAAGCGUGUCUCUAAGCCGACCGGUGUAGUCAAUUUAAGGAACACGGCUGUAGAGCGACUCGAAACGAAUAACGGAUUCAUUGUUCGACAAAAAGGUUACGAUGAUACAAUAUCAGCUAAGUUUUUGUGUUCCGAGAGGGAUAUAGAGUCAUGGUUAUCUGCGUUCUCGUCAGAAUGCCUGCCGUCGUCUCAGCAUCACACCAGUCUGCCUGUGUUACUUGAGACAGAGGAAAGUUAA